ACCACUACCAGUUCCGACACGGAGCAAUGAAACACGCCCAACCCUAGCGCUAGCGAGCGGAGCACCACGGCGGCGGCGCGCUUACCACCGGCUCUCCGUCGCUGCAUCGCCACUCCUCCGUCGUCCGAGCGCGACCAGGUCACUUCCUCUUCUGGUCCCCUUCCUCCGGCACCCACAGUCCCUCGCGGCUCCCCGACAUUCUCCGUCCCCGCACAGCCAAAAACUGCAGAUUGCUACAAUGCCCAUGUUCUGGAGGUUGGCGCUACAUAAAACUAUUGAGAUAGUCGGAGCUUGCCUUCACCUAUUAUGCUCUCUGGUGCAAAUCCCUAAAAGAUGUGUAAGCAAAUAUUCGACAAGCUCGGGCUCAGAGAGUGGACCCUGGAUAGGGUAUACGCUCUCGACAAGUCUGCACAGUGGAGAUGUGUUGGAGGGCACAAAUGAAAGACUUUCAUCAGUCAGCGAUGCAGAGUUCCCGGCAGAAAGCCCUAGGGAGCUCUCAGAUAAUGGGAUGAGCCGUUCACGAAGCUCCAUGAAGAUCCAAGAACUGGAUAGGUACAUUGAAUUGCUACAUCAGGACGUGGCACUAAUGAGGCAGGAACUCGGGGGAGUUCGCACAAGUCAGCAGGAAGUAGCAGAAGCAGUUGAUGAUAUAAAGGAAUGCAAAUAUCAUCUCUCUCUCUCUCUCUCUCUCUCUCUCUCUCUCUCUCUCUCUCUUAUGGAGCUUCAAGUAUGUGAUCCCUAACAUGGUCGUUUGUUAUUGCAGAAAUCCUUCUUCGGUUGAAGUCAUUUUAUCUAUGAAAGCACCGGUUGCCCUAGCUAUUCUUUUGAGUAUAAGUCAUUUUAUCUCUCUCACAUGCUUGCUGUAGCGAGUUAAGUAUGGCUGAAAACGCUCUCCUGGGUAGGUGUAUGUGUGGUAGUAGAAGAGAAGCAGUGAUUGCAAUCCGACGAGUGUCGUGACAUGAGCCAUGACGACAAGCAUUUCGUAGGAGAUGGAAUUGGCAGGUUUAUUAAUAUGUUGUGUUCUUUUUUUUUUUGAAACAAGGCAGAAGAUUUGCCAUUUUCAUUAAUUAAGAAGAGGUUUCGUUACAAA